CGCGGGGUUGGCUGGUACCCUGAGGCCGGACUCAACGGGAUCGGGCCGCGCCACCGGGCGACCUCGCCCCCGGCCCAAGUCCGGAGCCAGCAAGCGAGCGAGCGAGGCGGCGCCGCGCGGUUUGCUUGUAAAUGCAUCACGAAGAGGCAGCCCAGAAUGAAGAAAGCAAGCAGGGGUGUCGGCUCAGUGCCUAAGGUGUCUGGGAUAAGCAAAGCGCAAACCGGAGAAAAAGCCAAACCUGAGAGCAGUUCUUCAGCAUCUGCAGGCGGCAAACUGGUCAAACCUGGAGCAGCAGCAGCGUUGUCAAAGACCAAGAGCAGUGAUGACCUGUUGGCUGGGAUGGCUGGAGGGGUGACCGUGACGAAUGGUGUCAAAGGGAAGAAGAGCACCUGCUCUUCCACAGCGUCUUCAGCCUCGGCCCCCGCCAUGACCACCGUGGAGAGCAAACCCAAAGGCAGCGCAGGCACAACCUCUUCAACCAAGCGUAGCACAUCCACAGGUAAUAAAGAAGCCAGUUCUACCAGAGAAAGGUUACGUGAGCGUCCCCGGGUAAACCAGAGCAAAAAGCUGCCGUCUGCCGGCCAGGGAGCCAGUGACGCGGCCCUGACCAAGCGCUCCCGCAGUCGCACGGCUGCCGAAUGUGACGUUCGCAUGAGCAAGUCUAAGUCGGACAAUCAGAUCAGUGACAAAGCUGCUCUGGAAGCCACAGUGAAAGACCUCCUCUCGCUGGCGAAAACCAAGGACGUGGAGAUCUUACAUCUGAGAAGUGAACUCCGAGACAUGCGCGCUCAGCUGGGCCUUAACGAGGAGCAUUCUGAGGGGGAGGAGAAAGCCGAGGAGAAGGAGGCCAUGAUUGCUCACCAGCCCACCGAUGUGGAGUCCACGCUGCUGCAGUUACAGGAACAGAACACGGCCAUCCGGGAAGAGCUCAACCAGCUGAAGAAUGAAAACAGGAUGUUGAAGGACAGGCUGAACGCGCUGGGCUUCUCCCUCGAGCAGAGGCUAGACAAUUCGGAAAAGCUGUUCGGCUAUCAGUCCCUGAGCCCAGAGAUCACCCCCGGGAACCAGAGCGACGGAGGGGGGACGCUGACCUCCUCGGUGGAAGGCUCUGCCCCGGGGUCAGUGGAGGACCUUUUGAGUCAGGACGAAAACACCCUCAUGGACCAUCAGCACAGCAACUCGAUGGACAAUCUAGACAGCGAGUCCAGUGAGGUGUACCAGCCCCUCACCUCGAGCGACGACGCCCUGGACGCGCCCUCGUCCUCGGAGUCGGAGGGCGCGCCGAGCACGGAGCGCUCCCGCAAGGGGAGCAGCGGGAAUGCCAGCGAAGUGUCCGUGGCCUGCUUGACGGAGCGCAUCCACCAGAUGGAGGAGAACCAGCACAGCACGAGUGAGGAGCUGCAGGCCACGCUGCAGGAGCUGGCCGACCUCCAGCAGAUCACCCAGGAGCUGAACAGCGAGAACGAGAGGCUGGGCGAGGAGAAGGUCAUUCUGAUGGAGUCUCUCUGUCAGCAGAGCGAUAAGUUGGAGCACUUUAGCCGACAGAUCGAAUAUUUCCGCUCCCUUCUGGACGAGCACCACAUCUCCUACGUCAUCGAUGAAGACGUCAAGAGUGGCCGCUACAUGGAGCUGGAACAGCGUUACAUGGAUCUGGCGGAGAACGCCCGUUUUGAACGGGAGCAGCUCCUUGGGGUCCAGCAACAUUUAAGCAACACUUUGAAGAUGGCAGAACAGGACAACAAGGAGGCUCAGGAGAUGAUCGGGGCCCUCAAGGAGCGCAACCACCACAUGGAGCGGAUCGUGGAGUCUGAGCAGAAGGGGAAAGCGGCCUUGGCGGCCACCUUGGAAGAGUACAAAGCCACCGUGGCCAGUGACCAGAUCGAGAUGAACCGCCUGAAGGCCCAGCUGGAGAAUGAGAAGCAGAAAGUGGCGGAGCUGUACUCCAUCCAUAACUCGGGAGACAAGUCUGAUAUUCAGGAUCUCCUGGAGAGCGUCAGGCUGGACAAGGAGAAAGCGGAGACUUUGGCUAGCAGCCUGCAGGAGGACCUGGCUCACACCCGGAAUGAUGCCAAUCGGUUGCAGGACGCCAUUGCCAAGGUAGAAGACGAAUACAGAGCCUUCCAAGAAGAAGCUAAAAAGCAAAUAGAAGAUUUGAACAUGACAUUAGAAAAAUUAAGAGCAGAGCUCGAAGAAAAAGAGACAGAGAGGAGCGACAUGAAAGAAACCAUCUUUGAACUUGAAGACGAAGUGGAGCAGCAUCGAGCCGUGAAACUUCAUGACAACCUCAUCCUUUCUGACUUAGAGAAUACGGUUAAAAAGCUCCAGGACCAGAAACAUGACAUGGAAAGAGAAAUCAAGACGCUGCACAGGAGGCUGCGGGAAGAGUCUGCGGAAUGGCGGCAGUUUCAAGCCGAUCUUCAGACUGCCGUGGUCAUUGCCAACGACAUCAAGUCUGAAGCCCAAGAGGAGAUUGGUGACCUGAAGCGCCGGUUACAUGAGGCUCAGGAAAAAAACGAGAAGCUCACAAAGGAACUGGAAGAAGUAAAGUCCCGCAAGCAAGAGGAGGAGCGAGGCCGGGUGUAUAACUACAUGAAUGCUGUUGAGAGAGACUUGGCAGCCUUGAGGCAAGGGAUGGGGCUGAGCAGGAGAUCCUCGACUUCCUCUGAGCCGACCCCUACCGUAAAGACCCUCAUCAAGUCCUUCGACAGCGCGUCUCAAGUACCAAGCCCCAAUGCCGCCGCAAUUCCUCGAACCCCUCUGAGUCCAAGUCCGAUGAAGACCCCGCCUGCGGCCGCCGUCUCCCCCAUGCAGAGGCAUUCCAUCAGUGGACCAAUUUCUGCAUCCAAACCCCUGGCAGCGCUGUCCGAUAAGAGACCAAACUACGGGGAGAUCCCCGUGCAAGAGCACCUGCUGAGGACGUCCUCCACCAGCCGCCCGGCCGCCCUGCCCAGAGUGCCGGCCAUGGAGACUGCCAAGGCCAUCGCAGUGUCUCGGCGAAGCAGUGAAGAGAUGAAGCGAGACAUCUCCGCGCCCGAGGGAGCGUCGCCGGCCUCUCUCAUGGCCAUGGGCACCACGCCCCCGCAGCUCUCCCUCUCCUCGUCCCCCACGGCGUCCGUGACCCCCACCACCCGCAGCCGGAUCAGGGAGGAAAGGAAGGACCCUCUCUCAGCCCUGGCAAGGGAGUACGGAGGCUCCAAGAGGAACGCCUUGCUGAAGUGGUGUCAGAAGAAAACGGAAGGCUACCAGAAUAUCGACAUCACCAACUUCAGCAGCAGCUGGAACGACGGGCUGGCCUUCUGUGCCCUCCUGCACACGUACCUCCCAGCCCACAUUCCGUACCAGGAGCUCAACAGCCAGGACAAGCGAAGGAACUUCACCCUGGCCUUCCAGGCGGCGGAGAGUGUCGGCAUCAAGUCCACCCUGGACAUUAACGAGAUGGUGCGAACCGAGCGGCCCGAUUGGCAGAACGUGAUGCUGUACGUGACGGCGAUCUACAAGUACUUCGAGACCUGAGCACAGCGACGGCCCCGGUACGGGCGCACCACCCGUUAGCUACACGCCCCACGAAGCUUUCAGCCGCUCGGCUGCCCAGCGUGCGAGCCUUCGGCCCAGGCCGCCAGGCGGGACCCCUCGGGCCUGGGUGGCCGGGCCUCCAAGCAGGCUCCUCCCCUUGACCUGCCCCGUCAGCGGCCAGCGUGGGCUCAGCGUUUCCCUCUGAAGAGGAGGCUGAGCUGCGAUGCCGGGCGUGUAAAACGCGUGUGCACGCUGCACGGGGAGGGCCUGGGCCUGGGCAGCUCGGGCAGUGAGAGCUUCCGCCAGCGCUGGGCAGGCCCCCUCUGCAGGAGCCUGCGCCCGGCACCACGAGUGCGCCCGCCGUUUGACGUGGGCUUGGUUUCCGGGGUGUCACCCAGCAGCGGGGCGCAGGGCCAUCCCGCCAGCAUGUCAUUCUCAGACGGCUCCCCUGCCCUCUGCUGACACGGGAGAAAACUGGUCCAGCCUCAAAGGGGCGUGGAAACCCAGCUGUGACUUAAAAGACCUGAUCGUAAGGAACUCUCUAGAUAAAAACGUACUUUUUUCCUCAUGAGCAGUAUCGAGGGCAAGGAGCUCCCGUUGUAUGAGCACAAAGUUAAGUGGUUUCCUGAGCCUGAGAUGAAACACACGACGUCAGCGUGCGGCAGCGGAGGUGGAAGUGAGGCGAGGACACGGAGCUGCUCGCGGGAGCCACGCGGGGCCGGUGGUCACUCGGUGCUGCCUCGGGCGGGAACGGAGGAAGUGCCUUAACUCCUGCGGGAGGCGCCACCGGAGGCCCGGGCCCCGCCGGGCAGCGCUGGCCACGUCCCAGGCCACAGGCGGCCUCACGACCGCCCUUCUGCAGUUUGAACCAAAGCCUGGCUCCCCCGGCGUCUGUCCUGUUGGUGCGACUCGGGGGGGACUCGGCCCUUCUUGGCACCGGGGAGCCAGGUGUCACGUGCAGGGACGCAGCGGCUGUGGGCGGGUCACCUGUUGGCACCGGGAAAGUCGCACGAGGAGGAGCUGCCGCGUGGAAGCAGGCUCGGCCCCAGCCACGCUGCCAGGAGGGGCCGCAGAAGGCCACGCGCCGGCCAGAGGGGCCGGGGUCUGCCGUGUGUGCCCAGAAGAGAGGAUGGUGAUGAGCAGCUGUGCGUGCGGCUCGCUGGCUGGCACAGGUGCUGAGUCUCCUGCCCCGGCUGCUCGGCUGCUGGCGGGGAGGCUUCUGUGAGACGCCCCCGUUGGGCUAAGGAGAGAAGCCGGGGCGCAGAGCCCGGCCCCCGCACACAGCCCUGAGCGGACGCCUCUGCCGUCCUCCCGCCGGGCGCUGCUCCUGGUGGCUCUGGGCAGGCGCUGCGGCGGGGCCUCACCGUCCACCGGGUCCCGGAGCCGCCCCCUCCCUCCCCUCACGGGCCUGCGGGCACCCGCGUCCGACCUGCAGCCUGCGGUCGGCUCUUCACUGCGCUGGGGCCUCGGGUCCAGUGGAAAGAGGAGACUUGCCCGGGCGCAGCUCACGCCUGGCCCUUCCCAGCGGGCGAGCCGGCCUGGCAGCUCGGCCCGCCGGGGCUCCAUGUCUUGGGGGCGGGCAGCUCCUGCUGAUGGGCUGGGCCCACGUGGCCGGCCUCGUCCAGGUCGUGCCCUGGGGCCGGUGGCAGGGCAGAGGGUGGCCAAGAGGAGGGCCCACCUGUCUCCUUGACAACAGGCCAUGCAGGGUCACCUGGCCGGGCCGCCCACAUCUGCACGUGGGUCUACAGGAGAUUCCAGAAGCGUGACGUUGUGCUUUUUUCCAAUAGGAUCCUAUCACGGGGUGGUUCUGGGUGGUCACACGCCUAAGCGUGACGCUCAGGUGCCGUGGCCCAGCAGCACUUGACAAGAAGCUUCCAGAAAGUCGUUGGCCUCGGUCCUUCCGAGCACGCGUGUCCCUGCGAAGGGCCGGGCUUCCGCUGGCGAUGCUUUCACUGUUGUAUUAGAUGCUCGGAAACGUAUUAAAGUCGGUGAAACACGUUG